AUGCAGUUGUCCGCCGGCCGCGUGACGCUGCUGCUGGCGCUGCACAGCGCACUGCGCGCUGCCGCCGUCGCCGCCCGGGCCGAGCACAACGAGAUCGAGUACAAUGCAGUGGAUAAUGACCUGGCCGUCGCCGAGGACGAGAUGAGCCUCCCGUCGUUUGUCAAGUGGAUCGGCAACGUCACCGCUCCAGUAGGGAAAGACGUCACCCUGCACUGCUCUGUACACAACCUGGGAAAAUACAGGGUGGGCUGGAUGAAGUCGGACACACGCACCAUCCUUACCGUGUACGACCUGGUGGUGACCAACAACCCGCGCAUCAGCAUCAGCCACGACCUGCAGCACACCUGGAGCAUCCACAUACGGCAGCUGAAGAAGUCCGACCACGGCUGCUACAUGUGCCAGCUCAACACCAAACCGAUGCGCAGCCAGAUGGGCUGCGUCGACGUGCAAGUGCCGCCCGACAUCGUCAGCUCCGAGUCCAGCAGUGACCGCAGUCUGGCUGAGGGCGACUCGGCUCGGCUAACCUGCACGGCCCGCGGCUACCCGCCACCCACUAUCACCUGGCGGCGCGAGGACGGCCAGCCCAUCUACGUGCUCGGCGACUUCCGCAACGGCCAGAAGGUGCGACAGGUGACGGGCAGCACUCUGAACUUGACCCGGGCGACGAGGCGUCAGAUGGGCGCCUACCUGUGCAUCGCCAGGAACGACGUCCCGCCAGCCAUCAGCAAACGUAUCUUCGUCUACGUCAACUUUCGGCCAGAGAUCGAGGUGCAGCAGCAACUCCUCGGCAUCAUCCUGGGUGGCGAUGUCACCCUGGACUGUCACGUGGAAGCUUUUCCCAACACAGUCAACUACUGGCUCAACCAGAGAGAUGAAAUUCUUCUCGGAGGGCAGAAGUACAGUCUGUCAGAGCAGAAGCGAGGCUACCGCGUCAUCAUGCGCCUGCGGAUCAUGCGCGUCAGCCGCGCAGACAUCGGUGUCUACCGGUGCUUCGCGUCCAACUCGAUGGGCACGUCAGAGGCUUCGAUCCGGCUGCAUCACAUGCAGCGGCCGCCGGCGCCGGCCGGCCACGGCCGCCAGACGGGUGCGCGCCACACGGAGGCGCCCAUCACGGCGCCGACGCCCAGCUCGGCGGCCUCCCGGCGGCCGGCGGACCUGACCACUGCCCUGCUGGUCGUCCUCACUCGCUGGCGCUGACGGGUGGCCUCGGAGCCGCGCUGCUGGCCGCGACGGCUUGCUGGCACUGACGGGUGGUCUCGGAGCCGCGCUGCUGGCCGCGACGGCUCGCUGGCACUGACGGGUGGUCU